AUGUCAGAGACCGCACACAGCAAACCCGGGCAUCUCCAAGAUAAGAUCGCUGAAAGACAAAUACGCCAUGCCCGGAGCCAAUUCAUUGACUCUAUUAACCCAGAGGAUGUCCGCCGACUUGCCGCCUCAUACCACCCCAGUCAGUCUAAUGGCGAGUUCUUUCAGGAACCUAUCCAUGGGAGUUACAAUAUUUGCUACUUCAUUCAAUUCCCCUCGCUAUCGGGCUCGUCUUCGUCACCAAGACUGUGGGACAAGUGGGUUGUGCGGAUUCCAUUGGCCCCUUGCCUCCCAUUUGGCGCAGACCAAAAACUGGAAUGCGAGAUCGCAACAAUGAAGCUCGUAGCUCAAAAGACUUCGAUCCCGAUCCCGGAUCUGAUUGCAUAUGCCAUCAACGAGAAGUCGAAACCAUUUCCGACUUUUAUGAUACUUGAGUUUGUGGAGGCAGAGAAUCUCUCGCACAAGAAGUACCACGCGUUCACACGAGAGCAACAGCAACAGCUAUAUCAAUCCCUUGCUGAUAUUUUUAUCCAGCUGAGGAGGUUAGAGUUUGACGCUAUCGGCCGCCUGACAUGCCGAGAUGAUGCUAGCUUCACCGUUAGUCAUCCGAUUGCGACAAUAGACAUCAACUCACAAGCUCUUGAGGGCGUCCGGCCUUCAAAAGUGCUCGCCCGCUACGACGGAGGGGGCCCAUUACAACGCUCUACUCAGUAUAUUGAACUCCUCCACGAUCUUGCGGACAAUGCCUUCAGUGAGAGUCGCACCAGCGUUCUCGACAAUGACGGUAUCGGCGAGGAGUACCUUUACUACCUACAUAGCUUCCGCAGCCAUGUGAAUAAAUGGAGAGCAGGAGAUGAUGACCGAGGCCCGUUUGUUCUAGUCCAUGGAGACUUUCAGCCAUUUAAUCUCCUAGUCAACGACCAAGGGAGUGUUGUCAGUGUCCUGGACUGGGAAUGGAGUCGUGUCGUCCCCCGACAAUUCUUUAGACCACCACUGUGGUUGCAGUAUGCAGAUACGACACUUCUGUCACGGCCACUAUUCUAUGAGCGAUUUCUUGAGACGCUACAAGACUUCCUAAGUAUCGUUCGGCAAAGAGAGAUUCAAAAAUACGGCAGCACGAUGCUUGCAGAUGAAUGGAGUCACGCGCAGAAAAGACAAGGCUUCCUCGUGUCCAACGCUUUAGAGAGCUGGUCGCAUGUGGACUGGUAUAUGUCCAACCAGGAGUGUGCCGAGGGUUUAGAGGGGCGCAUUCAAGCAUUUAUGUCAAGUGAUCCUCGUCGAGCGGACUUGGUUGCGAGGAAGGUCCGGGAUGCGUAA